GUAAGCGUCUGCUCCAAGAUUCAGCAUGCUUGAUCCGGACAGGACCGGUGGGAUAGGGAACCUUGAAGCUGGAGUUCCUCCAAACCCACAGUCACGGCAGACGAAGGAAGGUGGACGGCGUCUCCAAUGUCCUGAGAGGAGGAAAAGGUCGCGUGGAGACCAGAGAUGGUCCGUCUGAAGGGGAACCUGCUGCCCUUCCUCGCCGUGGCGUUCGUCCUGCUCUCAGUUGUUGGUGAGUCCAGCUGUAGAUCCUCACUGCGGUCUUCUUUCUCAUCAGAGGAGAACACCAGUUUUAGUGAAACAAAGUCAGCGCUCUCAGACUACAGGGGACCCAGAGUUUCCUUCAGGAACCGUCUCUCUGCGUCUGGAAGAAAACCGAAGUGUCCUUUUGGUAUGAAAGCAACCGUUCUAACCAGCAGCACGCUAAAACAGCCCAGCAGUGACCAGAAAACGUGUCGCUUCAGCCAUCAUUUGAUUCUUUCCAACAACAACCUAAAAACCAGCCAACCAGAGCGUCCCAGAGCAGCUCCACGCAAGAAAACAGCCGUCAGAAAGAAGACCAAGUGUCCCAUCAGUGACAGAAUACAGCUCCUGAAACUUCCAGUGAGGAAGAGAACCAGUAGUCUCCCCAAAGGUCCUGCCAGGAAAAAAUCAAAAUGUCCCUUCAGCGAGAAAUCGAACGUUCCCAUCGACACGCCAACACACAGAAGCAUCAAACCUAAGAGUGACUUCAGCAACAUCCCAACAGAUCUGAGCAGAAAGAAGACACCAUGCAACAAAAGCCUGAAAGUUCUCUUCAGCAGCCAGAAACCUCCUCUCAGAAAGACCGCCAAGCCCGCCAGGACCACCAGCAUCCAACCACAAAGUCCCUCCAGCAGCUCUAACAAACCCAGAGUCCCCGCCCCCUCCGUCCACAAACCCCGCCUCUCCUUCAGCAGCAAACCCAAGCUUCCUGAGAAGAAGCGCUUCAGGUUGAAAUUCAGCUUCAAGCUUCACUACUCCAUCAUCUUUAGACAAAGAACCUGUCCCUGCAGAGCUCCAGGAUUCCCGUUCAGGUUCUCCUUCAGACCCCCCCUUCCUCAGGACCGGCCCAGAUUCUCCUCCAGGUUUGAGAGCGUGAUCUGUGAGGGGAGACUGGGCCAGUUCGCCUGCCCCGACGGACAGAGGAUCAGGGUGGAGUCGGCGGUGUACGGGCGCCAGGAUGAGCACACAUGUGUGAACUACAGCACGUAUGGGACGAAGCAAAACACCGCCUGCAGGCGUGAUGUCACUCCCAUCCUGCGUGAAAUGUGUGACCAUCAGACCGUCUGUUACAUCUAUGUGGACAACGAGGAGAUGGGAGGAGACCCGUGUCCACGUACCCACAAAUACCUGAGCUUCACCGCCAGCUGUUUCUAGAAACGGUGACAUCCACCAUCGCCGCCGUCAGCCUGGACUCUUAUCCUGAAAUGUACUGACUAAAGGGUCAGAGGACCAACCGGAGCCUGGAGGGGCCGUUACACUUCAUAUGUGAUGACGCAGAUUUAAAACAAAGUAAAAGGCCAAACUUUACCACAUCACAUCAAAGAUGAGCUAAUAUUUUCAUUUAAUGCUAAAAUGUCUCAGUUUAACUCCUGAGAUGAUGUUUAUGUUCU